UGUCGGGUGCAGUAAGACUGCUGUUACGGAAAGACGAUAUGCAAACUCCCUCUCCUCCUUUUUCUUUUCGUCUCCUGCAGAGAGAGAGAGAGAGAGAGAGAGAGAGAGGGAACUUUUUCCUUCUUCAAGCAUCUGCUGCUGUAGAAAUGGUAGCUGUAGAUCUCAGGCGGCCAUGAGAACGGCCGCAACCAGAUCAGAAAUGGACGGACGAAAUCCCUAGAUCACUUCAUUGUCAUUGUCGUUGCAUUCUUCUUUUUCUCUCUCUCCGAUGGACGGUGCAUCUUCCGACGAGGCGUUGGAUCAGCAGAGCGAGCGGUUCGGGAGCUACAGCUUGAGUGCGGAUGUGAGCGAGUCUGAGAGCUGCAGCAGCUUCUCCGGUCGCCGAUACGACGCGGACGCCACCUCCACCUCCCCUUCCUCCUUCCUCCUGCCCGUCCGUACGGUCACCGGGAGCUCCGGUUUCCGGGCGCGGGCGCCGCUGACAGCUGUCGGUGGGAGGGAUGUGGUGGUGUGGGAAAGAAAGGCGGAGGAACGCGAGGCCGAUUUCUCAGAAGUCGAGAUGAUGAAGGAAAGAUUCGCCAAGCUUCUGCUGGGCGAAGACAUGUCCGGCAGUGGGAAGGGAGUCUGCACUGCCCUCGCUAUCUCGAACGCUAUUACGAAUCUCUCCGCUACUGUAUUUGGGGAGCUAUGGAGACUGGAGCCGUUGGCACCCCAGAAGAAGACGAUGUGGCAUCGUGAGAUGGACUGGCUCUUAUGCGUGAGCGAUUCCAUUGUCGAGCUAAUCCCUUCCUUGCAAGACUUCCCUGGUGGUGGGACCUUUGAAGUCAUGGUGACACGUCCCCGGUCAGACCUUUAUGUAAACCUUCCUGCCCUAAAGAAGCUUGAUGCCAUGCUCAUUGGCAUGCUUGACACCUUCCAGGACACAGAAUUCUGGUAUGUUGAUCGAGGGGUAAUUGUGGCAGAUGCUGACGAGCUCAGCCCUUAUCCUUCCUCGUCAUCAUCCGGGAGGCCUUCUAUCAGACAAGAAGAGAAGUGGUGGCUUCCAUGCCCAAGAGUGCCACCAAACGGGCUGUCGGAAGAUGCAAGGAAGAGAUUGCAGCAGUGCAGGGACUGCGUGAAUCAGAUCCUUAAAGCUGCCAUGGCUAUCAAUAGCAGCGUGCUGGCUGAGAUGGAGAUCCCAGAUGUCUACUUCGAGAGCUUGCCAAAGAGCGGAAAAUCUUGUUUGGGUGAUAUCAUCUACCGUUACAUAACAUCUGACCAGUUUUCACCGGAAUGCCUCCUUGAUUGCUUAGACCUGUCAUCCGAGCACCAAACUCUGGAAAUAGCAAAUAGGAUCGAGGCUGCCAUACAUGUCUGGAACCUCAAGGACCAAAAGAAAUUUCAUCAGAUGAAAGUACGGAAGCCAUCAUGGAGUGGGAAGGUGAAAGGUCUCGUCGCUGAUUCUGAGAGGAGCCAUCUUCUAGCCCAACGGGCUGAGAGCCUCCUACACAGCUUGAGGCUUCGGUACCCUGGCCUCCCACAGACUGUUUUGGACAUGAACAAGAUUCAAUACAACAAGGACGUAGGCCAGUCAAUCCUUGAGAGCUACUCUAGGGUUACAGAGAGCUUGGCCUUCAACAUAAUGGCAAGGAUCGACGAUCUGAUCUAUGUGGAUGAUGCAACCAAGCAAUGUGCAGCAGCGGAGUCGGUUUCUCUGUUUGGUAGGGGAGGAUUUUCUGGUCUUCCCGUACAGAAGAAGAUUUCGCCCAGCCCUUUCUCAAUCCAAAACACACCUUACGCCUCACCAUUUGCAACACCAACGUUGUGUUCUUCUACCCCAAUGGUCAGAAGCCCCAGGAAGGACAAAACUUCCCUUGUCAAGAGCAGUCUCUGCAGGCAGCAGGAUGUGAAGUCUGAAAAACUGGUAUUUUCGGACGCAGAGAAGUCCUGGUCAUAUGCUGGGAACCUAAGUGCAAGGAGAGACUACGGAGAUGCUCCUGAACGGGACUGACCUAAUUUAUCAAUUACUGCAAGCAAAUGCUGUAUCCAGAGCUGGUCCUGUGAUUCAUAAGAGUCAUGCAGUGAGUAGGAAUCAUGGCAGAGGCCCAGGCAGUUAGCUGUUAGGUUGCGACUAGUGCUCCUGUAUAGAAAUGGAAAUAAACAUAGUUGAAAGUUUUGUUCUUGGUUUCCCAUUGCUGGACGAUGAGGUAAUUGCUCUCUGAUUUAUUGGUA